ACUUCAUGCUUAUUUGCACAGCCCAUUUCAACACAGCCGUGAUUUGAAUCAUGAAUCAAGAUUUUCAUGUUUUUAAUCAAUAUUUGAUUCUGCAAUUACAACAGCCUCCAUAAACCUCUUGAAUAUGUGUUUCGGAAGCAAAUUGAAAGGCGAAGCACCACUGGGAUUUGACAACGAGAACCUCAAUUCACGACCAGUCGACGCGAUACCUCAAAGCAAAGGUUCAAUGAAAAUGCCGCAGAAUGAAUCUUAUUCUCCCCCAGCGGGACCUCCCCCCUCGCAACAACAUGCGCCCUAUAAUGAUCAAUAUGCACCCCCACCUGGUCCCCCACCUUCGCACGAAUAUGCCCCUCCUUCAGGCCCACCACCGUCGCAAGCCCAAGCACCAUAUCAUGACUGGCAGACUGCAGUUCCCGACACAUCUCUUUUACCCCCUCCCCCAUCUAUGGGCUAUCAACGAAGCGAUGCAAACAACGCGACCGAAGAAGAAGCAUUACAAGGGAAAGCCUGGUGUGAACAGAAUCCUUUAGCACCGCCCGUAGAGUUCCCACAAGCGGCUCUAGAAGCACUUGAUGCUGCAAACAUCGGUGUCAUUAAACCAAGGUCUUACAAUGGCGAUCUUUCGCGUCUACGACAGGGUGUUUGGGCUGGAAAAACAAAGUCCAAUAGCAAGGAUUCAUGUAUCAUUUCUACACUUCCGCUAUACUCUGUAUACGCGCAUUCACCUUUACGAACCGAAAUUGGCAAGACAAUAUACUAUGAGGUCAAAAUAUCAAACAGAUAUCGCGGAGAGAUUACUUUGGGCUUAGGAUUUGUUGCGCAACCAUACCCAACCUUCAGGUUGCCUGGAUGGCACCGAGGAGCAAUCGGCGUUCAUGGAGAUGAUGGCCAUAAAUACAUCAAUGACCUCUGGGGCGGUAAAGACUUUACAAAUAAAUUCCAAGCCGGUCAGACGCUAGGAAUCGGAAUGACUUUCACUCCACGGAAUGUCAACAAUCCUCCCGCUUACGAUUCUGGGCCAGCGCAGACCACAGCCCAAACUCCUAUUAAUGUUGAGAUUUUCUUUACUAGGGAUGGUAAAAAGGAUGGCGGAUGGAAUCUUCAUGAAGAGGGCGAUUCUGUAGAAGAUCUACCUGUCACAGGGUUGGAAGGUAUGCACGAUUUAUAUGCCGCUAUAGGAACAUUCGAUAAUGUCGAGUUUGAAAUCGUAUUUAAUGAAAGGGAAUGGAUGUAUCACCCUUGAUGGUCAUUAGGAAAUUUUGAGGGUUGUUUUCUAGGUUAGGACAUACUAACGUGGGAGGGUUCGACUGCAUGGAGUCUCGGGUGACACUAUCUCAAAUUGAAGAGACAUACAUAAAUACUUUUGACUAAUUAAUCUAUUCCCUUCUAUUCAACAUGAAUAUCUACACACACGUGUUCCAUAUAGCA